AUGGUGUGUAGAUCGAUUGAAAAUGCUCUCGAGGGUGUAUUAAAGAGUUAUUCUUUGAAGGGGUGGACCUCGGGUGUUCAGGAACCAGGAACCAAUUUUAAACGGCUUAUUAUUGCUGUUUUUGGUGGAGUCUGUCUUGGAGAGGAGGGUUGCUGUUCAGAGGAUGGCAAGCGAGAUUGGUUGUUCGAAUUGAUGGCUGACUGUGAAUCCAAAGGUGGUGAAUCCAAAGGUGGUGAAUCCGAUGGGGAUGGCUGCUUGAUUAUACGAGAACGGUAUAAACGGUUAUGA